AUGCCGGUGGAUCAACCAGAAGAUCUCUCGAAGAUACUCAAGACCCUGACAGGUAUUCUAUCAAAGUUGAGUACCAAGGAGGAGAAAAGCACUUCAACCACAGAGCCGAGCUCUGAACGUGGGUCCACGGCUCUGACGAAUGCAACGGUUCUCCUCGGUACUUUCAACUAUGCGCCCGAUGCCGACAACACUUUUCCGGAGUGGUACAGUCGAAAUCAAGGCAUACUCGAAGAGUGCGUCGAGUCACCGAGUCUUCGAGCUAAGGUCCUUCUCAAGGCGCUCGGCACCGAGGAGUACACGCGGCUCCGCUGCCACGUAUCUCCUGCGAAGCCCGAAUCUAAAACAUUCGAUGAGCUGCUCGGAAUCCUCAAUCAACUUUUCGGUCCGACGAAGUCGCUCUUCCGACGUCGUUUCGACAUACUGAACAUCCGAUCGCCUGCGGGAACUCAUCCGGAAGAGAUUCUGAAUCUCUGCAAUCUCAAAGGCGACGAAUUCGAGGUGAACAACCUUACGGCAGAUCAAUUCAAGAUAUUCUUGGACGUUGCUGAUGGCUACGGGUCCCUCGUUCAAUCAUUUUCGUGCGUGGUUCUUCGAACUCUCGACGAAAAACCCGGUAUCGAUCUACUCGAGCUUCGAGAAAAAGUAAAGCAACACGUCAGAAGACAAGAGGAUGCGACUAUCGGCCUCAACUCGGUCGACGAAAACCCAGUCAGCAUCAACCAGGUAACCUCACAACGGGCCGCUCGUCCUCCACCACGCGGCAGUCGUCAACAACCCGAUUCCAAGUGCAAGGGUUGUGAAGGCAGUCACUUCCGCUCACAAUGCCCCUUCCUAAAAAGCAAAUGCAACGGCUGUGGCAAGAAAGGCCACCUCAAGAAGACUCAAUUUCCGAAACUUUUCGAAACAUCAUUGGGUCUCUGCAGCAAGAUCGAAGUUGAUCUCCGGUUGAAGGACAACGUCGCUCCCACCUGUUUACCGGCGCGUCCGUUGGCUUUACCAAUCCGUGAAUUAGUGGACAAAGAACUCGAACGUCUACUCGAUAACGGUACCCUCUACAAGGUCGAAUCGUCCGAUUGGGCAACACCCAUCGUCGUGGUGCGGAAGGCCAAUGGUCAGAUCCGUAUGUGUGCGGAUUACUCGACGGGCUUGAAUGAGGCUCUCCGCGACGUUGACUAUCCUCUGCCGAACAUGGAAGAGAUCAUGUCCAGGUUCAGCGGAAAUCGCAUCUUCACUCAACUCGAUCUCGCAGACGCCUACCUGCAAUUGCCUCUCACGGCUGAGAGCCGGAAGUUGACUACCAUCAACACCCAUCGCGGUUUAUAUCAGUACAACCGCUUGGUUUUCGGUCUCAAAACAGCAACAGGAACUCCAUGA